GCACCCUGGGGAAGGCUGUGCAGGACCCACAGUGACAAGUGACAGGCUCAGGCUGCAGUGCCCGGCUCUCCAGGCCUUCCCAGAUCACAUUCCUGCCCUGGGCUCUGAUUCUUCCUUCGGAUAAGGAGCCAUCCAGGAAGGGGCUCCUUCCUGGGUUGACCUUCCAGAGCCACGAGGAAUCACAUCAUUUUGAAAUACUCAUGGCAGAGGAGGGGGUCAUCCUCACCAGGAACUUGAAAGCUGCUGUCUCAGCCAUCCUCCACGGCUAUGGGGGCCGGCAGCAGCCGGUGACAGAUGCCAGUGCUGAGCUACACAGACUCUGUGGCUGCCUGGAGCUGCUCCUGCAGUUUGACCAGAAAGAGCAGAAGAGCUUCCUGAGGCCUCGGAAGGAUUACUGGGACUUCCUUGGCGCCACCCUGUGGCGGCAGCGGGCUAGCACGGAGCUGGCCCGCUUCGUCCACGCACAGGACAAGUUGAGGACUCCUCUGGCAAAAGGCCGCGCCUUCAUCCGCUUCUGCCUAGCCCACGGACAGCUGGCCGAGUCCCUGCAGCUCUGCCUCCUGAACCCAGAGCUCACCAGGAAAUGGUAUGGCCCCCGGAGCCCUCUGGUGUGCCCCGAACUCCAGGAAGACCUCCUGGACUCUCUCUACACUCUCAAUGGGGUGGCCUUCGACCUGGACCUGCAGUGGCCAAACCUAGAUGAAGCCUGGCCCAUGUUCUCAGAGUCCCAUUACUCCAGUGCCAGUCGGACCCAGGGAAGAAGACCCAGAAAGACCAAAGAUGCCCCAAAGCAGAUCUCAGCCCCACAUGGAGACCCCUCAGAAUUCCAGCCAGAGGAACCGCACACUAGCCAAGCCGGCUAUCUGCAAGAUGCGCCCAGGGAAGACGGGUUAGCUGGACUCCCCAGGUCCCAGCAACACAGGCAUCCUCGUCCCUUUGUGGAAAAGAAGAGAGAAGAUCCCAGGAGGCUCAGGCCCCCCCAGAGCAUGUGGGAACCAGAGGGGGAGGAGGUUCAGCAAGCCCAGGAGAAGGGAGCCCCAAGAACUGGGAUCUGCCUGGAGAACUCAACACCCAGCAUCCGGAGACAGGGGGAGUGGGCCGACGGAGCUCCAAAGGAGGUGAUAGGGACAGAGGCUGAGGGCAGAGGGGUUCUGCCGGGUGCAGAGGAGACUCACAAAGGGGGAGCAGAGUGGGGUCAUGUCCACAGGCUGCCGGCCUCCAGCCCCACAGGGACAAUAGAGGACACGAUGUCAGGAAGCCCGCAGGAGUGGGAGGUGCCUAGCAUUCGGGGAGAGCCCCGCGUCCUACGGGACCUGGGAACAAAGGAAGACUCCACCUCAGAGAGACCACAAGAGGAAAGAGGAGUGACCAGGGUGACCAGGAGGAAGGAGCCGGCAGAGGUGGCCUUGCAGGAUGUGGUCAAGAGCCUGAGACAUGAGCUCCAGAAGACCAAGGAGCAGGCCCAGUACCAGGAGCAGCUGCUGAAGGAGCAGGAAGGGGAGCUGAAGACACUGCAGGAGCAGCUCAGCAGGUGUCAGGAAGAGAGGGCCCGGCUGCAGACGGAGCUGGAGCAGAAGCUGCAGGAGGCUGAGAGGAGGAACACCAUGUAUGAGGAGGAGCUUGGAGGGCAGCGGGACCUGGUCCGGGCCAUGAAGAUGAGGGUGCUGGAGCUGAUUCAAGAGAAGGACGACCUGUGGCAGAAAGCCCAGCAUCUGUCUUCCACGGCCCCCGGAUGCUGUGUGGACUGCAGCAAGAUCUUUGGCCGGCUGUCUCGGCGGUACCCGUGCAGGCUCUGCGGAGGCCAGGUUUGCCAUGCCUGCUCUGUGGAUUACAAGAAGAGAGAGGGCCACUGCCAACCCUGCUCCCAGAAGGGCGAAGCUCAAUUCAACUGACAGGAUCACCCGGACGGGCCACCCACCCUCCUCCCUCAAUCAGCUCCCUCCCCUCGCCCUUCCCACCUCUCUGGUCUGACCAGUCCUGCCUUCUAGAAGUUGAUGAUCUAAGGCGGACAGCACUUGUGUGCACAUCCUGCAUGCAGCGUGGAGAGCGGGAGGAACCGGCUGGAGCCCUACAGCCCUCACCCAUGAGCGGGGCGGCUUGAGAAAGCUCACAGCUGUCCGUCUGGGCUUCUUCUGUCCGUGAGGGUGCCAGGCACCAUCCUCCCUAAAGGCCCUCCACGCUCAGCACAUCCUGGGCCGAGAAGAAGACGCAGGGGCCCUGACAUUUCUCCGCACCCCCACCUCACCCAGCCCACCCUUCACCACACUCAGGGAGCAUCCUAUCUGGAGUCGGCUGUGAAGGUCUGCUUUUGCUGUGUUUCAUUUUUAACAGCUUUCUUGAGGUCUUGACAUUUAACACACUUCACAUAAAUUGUACAACUGGAUGAGUUUUGACUUUAAUAUACACCCAUGAAACCAUCACCAUGUUCACAAUAAUGAACACAUCCAUCAUCCCCAGAGUUUUUCUUCAUGCCCUUUGUAAUCUCUCCCUUGCCCUCCCCCUCCCAAGGCAACCACUUAUCUGCUCUCUACCACUAGACCCGAGCUUUCCAGAAUUUUAUAUAAACGGAAUCAUCUGGUAUGCACUCUGUAUUGUCUGCCUUCUUUCA